AUGAACUUCUUCCGUGAUAGAGACGCCAACAGCGAUGUCUUUGACGAUCCAAAGAACGAUCCCACCGCUGCAUCACCUUCCACCUCGCCCCGCAAGAAGCAAAAGUUUGACAUUGGACCGCCCGGCAACUCCACGCUAGACACAGCCGACGAUGAUGCUGCGCUUGCAAGUCUACGCAAACGUAUGGCCGGCCCUUCCUCAGCCAAAGCAGGCUUAGCAAAAGACCAGGACGAGAUCAACAAGAUCAUCUACGAGGUCUCCAAAGGCAGCAAGUUCUUCGAAAACGAGCGCAAGAAGGAUGCUCAGACUACCGAGCGCAUCAACGCUCUGCUGGCACGCAGGGACCAAAAGCUCCUGCAGGUCCCACCUGGAAGCAACGAAUGGCUCUCCAUCGAGCGCAAGAUCGAAGACUUGGCCACGCGUCUCGAGAACAGCCGCGACCUUUCCCGCACCAUCCUGCAUACCGACAUCGACAUGUUUUACGCCGCUGUAGAGCUGGCCAGAGAUCCUUCGCUCAAGGGCAAGUGCUUCGGCGUCGGUUCCGGCGUACUUGUCACCGCCUCCUACGAAGCUCGCAAGUACGGCGCUCGCAGUGGCAUGGCUACCUUUGUUGCAAAGGCGCUCUGUCCGCACCUCAUCGUAGUCAAGAACGACAUGCAAAGCUACGUCGAGGCCAGUCAGAAAGUCAUGGCUGUCUUUGAACAGUACGACGAGAACUUGGCCAAGGCUUCGCUCGACGAGGCGUAUCUCGACAUCACAGAAUACAUCGAGCAGCACGGUGGCACCAUCGACCAGAUUGUUCAGCAACUGCGUGACCAGGUCCGAAGCGAAACACAACUUACCGUGAGUGUCGGUAUUGCUCCCAAUACCAUGCUGGCUAAGAUCUCGUCGGACAGAAACAAGCCAGACGGUCAAUUUCGAGUACAGCCGGACCGCAAGGCUAUCGUCGACUUUAUGCGGGACCUCCCUUGCCGCAAGAUUCCGGGCAUUGGCCGAGUCAACGAGCGUAUCCUCGAAAGCCUCGGCGUCAGCACCUGCGGAGAGAUCUGGAACAAGCGCGUCGAGCUUUGGCUCGCCCUCGAUGGCAAGAUUGAAUGGCUCAUCAAGGCUCAUCUCGGUAUUGGCAAUACUGUUGUCGAGCCCAGCAAGCGCGAAGAACGAAAAAGCGUCGGUCGUGAACACACUUUCAACCCCACCGCUGAUACACAGGCGUUGCUCGAUCUACUCAAGGAGUCGGCUCAGCGCGUGGAACAAGACCUCGAACGACUCGACUUCAAAGGCAAGACCAUCACCCUCGUUGCUAAGAAGGACAAUUACCAGCGCUUCUCUCGCGCUCGUACCUCGACACGACUGGUGCACCGCGCUGAAGAGCUGUACGACAUUACGAGCUCGUUGCUGCUUCAGGAGAUCGAGCGUGAGGGCGCCCUUUCGCUGCGGUUGAUUGGCGUCCGCGUGACCCAUCUUGUGGACCUGCGUGGCGCAGCAGCGGGCGAGGAGAGACUGCGAAAGCUCUUUCAGACGCGCCAGUCGAAUGGCGAGGCGCAAGGCGAAGAGGCGGCCCAAGUACGACCGCGAAAGACGGCGCACGAGUGGCAGCAAGAGGAAGAGCGCCAACUCGCCCUCGCCAUCAAGCAGUCGCUCGAGGGUAACGGGGAUCCCUUUCAAGAGGUGCACGACCUCAGUCAGGACGACGCAACCACACAGGUUCGCGAAGCAUCUCCUACGAUAGCUCUCGCGCUGUCGAAGAGCGACGAGGCCGGGCCGAGCGCACCCUUACCGUCCUCAAACGCAGCGGCGCAGUGCCCAAUCUGCAUCAAACCAAUUCAAGGCUCAAACGAUCAGCUCAACGCACACAUCGACGCCUGUCUCAAUCAGUCGCAGCUCGAUCCUCCCUCACGUGCAUCUCCACAACCACCGCCGUCCCAUCGCGCCGACUCCGCGAGCGCACCGAAGAAGAAACGUGGUCCGCUCGACUCGUUCGUGCGGCGAUCCAACAAGUGA